AUCUCCUUUAUGAAAAAAUGUAUGCCUCUUCUAUUAUAUACCUGGGUACCAGGCGUAAAUGGCUGUACUGUAAAAAUGGUUGUACUUUAAUUUCGCGAGAAAAUAAUCUUCAGAUGAACGUCCUCUGAAAACGCGUUUCCAAAUUGCAAUGUUGUUUGUUCUUCUUGCGCUCCCGUAGCUCCAUAUGGCUGCCAUAGUGACGAACGCAGCAACCGACGCUUACGAAAUCUAACAGGUGAAAGUUGUGUUUACUGAAUAAAAGACAGCAGUCAUGUCUUUUAGAGAUCUGAGAAAUUUUACAGAGAUGAUGCGAACACUCGGCUACCCUCGGCUCAUUUCAAUGGAGAACUUCAGAUCUCCUAACUUCCCUUUAGUAGCUGAAAUCCUCAUCUGGCUUGUUAAGAGAUAUGAACCUCAGAUGGAAAUUCCCAGUGAUGUUGACACAGAGGCAGACAGAGUGUUUUUCAUCAAAGCUGUGGCUCAGUUCAUAGCGACUAAAGCUCAUGUGAAGCUGAAUCUCAAGCGUCUGUAUCAGGCAGAUGGUUACGCUGUGAAAGAGAUGCUGAAAAUCACCAGCAUCCUCUACAAUGCCAUGAAAACCAAAGAGAACACCGAUGGGGAACAGAACAAUGACGAAAACAGCAAGUUCAAGUUUGAUCUGGGGUCAAAGAUAGCUGAUUUAAAGGUGGCACGUCAGCUGGGAUCUGAAAUUACAGCAAAGGGAGCGGCUCUGUUUGACCUGCUGGGGCACGAAGAGGACCUGAGAGAGAGCAGGACGGCUGCGAUAGCCCGACCGCUGGAGAUCACUGAGACAGAGAGAGCUCUGAGAGCGGCUGUCAAAGAUGUCACGGAGAGCAUCCAAAUGACAAAAGAUCUGCUCAAUAACGUAGCAUCAGAUGAGGCCAGUCUGGAGGCCAAAAUCGAGAAGAAGAAACAGGACCUGGAGAGAAACCAGAAACGCUUACAAACUCUACAGAGUGUGCGUCCAGCCUUUAUGGAUGAAUAUGAGAAGAUCGAGGAGGACUUGCAGAAACAGUACCAGACAUACGUGGAGAAAUUUCGUAACUUGAGCUUCCUGGAGCGGCAGCUAGAUGACUAUCACAGAGCUGAACAAGAACGCUUCGAGGAAGCGGAGAUGGCAAUGAAAAUGAGACAAAACAAAUUAAAAGAGGAGGAGAAGAGGCUCAUGAGGAGUGGAGCCAGAGAUGAAGACUCAGAUGUGGACAUACCAGAGGAUGAAGGCUCUGACAGUGACAUAGACGACGGACAGCAGUCCAGACCACACCACGCACGACACGCACAGAUAUCAGGUCGAGGUGGCGCUCGAUUCAUUGGCAGUAUGAGGGGAGGAGACAGUGAAGAGCCCAGAGUAAAGGAACGAGUCCAUCUAUCCGGCAGCGGCCGGAAGAAAAAGAGAAGAAAGUCAGAGGAUAGUGAGAUCGACGUAGACGAUGAUGAUGAAGAUGGUGAGGAAGAUGAAGAUGAGGAGGAAAACGAGGACCUGGAUGAAGACAAUGACAGUCUGGAGGGCUCCUCCACCAAACCUGGACGCUCAAAACGAUCGCUGGACCCACAAAUCCUUGAGGAGAGCGAUAAUGAUUUUUAAUGUGCAACCAGCAUGCAUUAAAGGAAUAGUUCACCCAAAAAUUUA